GGAGCAGUAAAUGCAUAGGAGGGUGGGAGCUGCUACAAAUUGUGGGAGCCAGGAACUAUCUAGUGUGGAGAAAGGGAGGGGACAGGAUGUGACAAACCUGCUGAGAAUUGUGUACUCUAGGGUGUGAUGGGUUGUCACCCCGGGGUGUAGUCUGGGGGGCUUCUGGGAACCGUUGUGCCCUCUAACCCUCAAGCUGGCCUGGCCCUUCUCACACUGCUUUGCUGGAGAUUCAGCCAGUCCUAAUUAAAACCACAUUAACAGUCCACCACACUCCUCUGCCAGGUCUUUCAGAACUCUUGUUAUCUGGACCCGCUGAUUUAAACAUGUCUAACUUUAAUAGCUGCUGUUUAACAUCCUCGUGAGUUCUUCUUGGAAUAGAAAGACUGUCGGCGUCAACAUCUUAUGAUAUGAGUACAUCAUCUGUUUUUCUCCAAAUCCAGGAGAGAAAUUGUUAUUGAACACUUUUACCUCUUCUGCAUUAUUUUUUAUAAUUCUGCCAUUUCCAGCUAAUAAUUUCCCACUACCAUUGUUAGGAUUAAUUUUGUACUUAAUAUACUUUAAAAAAACUUCCUUCUUAUUUUCAUUGAUUGAUCAUUACCAAUUUUCUACAAUUCUGACCUUCUAACUUAUAUUCUUUACUACUGACUUCCCCUUUCUUCCGUAUAUUUUAUUUGGAGUGUGUUGGGAUUCCUACCAGGGAGCUACCAGCAGGGUCCAGAGACAGCCCCAUCUCCUAUAUCAAGCUCUGGCUAGUAGGGGCUGGUGACUUUUGAGGAGGUGGCUGUGUAUUUCACCAAGGGGGAAUGGGCUCUCCUGGACCCCACUCAGAGAGCCCUGUACAGGGAUGUCAUGCAGGAGAACUAUGAGACGGUGGUCUUGCUGGUAGGGUUUCCAGUUUCCAAACCUGAUGUGAUCUUGCAGCUGGAACGAGGGGAAGAGCCGUGGGUCCCGGACCUCCAGGGCUCUGAGACAGAAGUGCUCGCAAGAGCUUCCUGCACAGGGAGUGACCUAUGUCUGGAUUCUCUUUGUCUCCCAUCAGGUGAUGGGAUGGUGACUGAGAAUGAGGAGGAGAAACCCCAGCAGGAAGAUGCUGAGCAAGUAGAACCACAUGGAACGUUAUCAGGAACGUCCAAAGGGAAUGAUUCCAGGAGUUGUGCACUCCCAGAAAAAGCAAAAGCCUGUGAGACUGAGCAGAGGCCAGAGGAAAACUUCAGUAGCCACUCAGACCCUAUUACAUGUGAGAGAAUCAACUUGGAAGAGACACGCUACGCAUGCCAUGAGAGUGGGAAAAGCUUUAAUCGGAGCUCAGACCUUCUCACACAUCAGAGAACCCACACUGGAGAGAAACCCUACAUGUGCUCUGAGUGGGGGAAAAGCUUCAAUCAGAGCUCAAACCUUAUCACGCAUCAGAGAACCCACACAGGAGAGAAAUCUUAUGGAUGCUCUGAGUGCGGGAAACACUUCGUUGACAGUUCAACCCUCGUCUCACAUCAGCGAAUCCACACAGGAGAGAGACGCCACAUAUGCUCUGAGUGUGGGAAAAGCUUUAGUCGGCAUUCACACCUUAUCACACAUCAGCGAAUCCACACCGGCGAGACGCCCUACACGUGCUCUGAGUGCGGGAAAAGUUUCAAUCAGAGCUCGACCCUGAUCACCCAUCGUAGAAUCCACACAGGAGAGACGCGCUACAUGUGCUAUGAGUGCGGGAAAAGAUUCAGUCAGUUGUCUGCCCUGAUCACACAUCAGCGAAUCCACAGAGGAGAGAUGCCCUACACGUGCUCUGAGUGUGGGAAAGACUUCAAUUACAGCUCUGCCCUGAUCACACAUCAGCGAAUCCACACAGGAGAGAGGCCCUACACAUGCUCUGAGUGUGGGAAAACCUUCAAUCGGAGCUCUAACCUUAUCUCACAUAAGAGAAUCCAUACAGGAGAGAAGCCUUACACGUGCUCUGAGUGUGGGAAAAGCUUCAAUCAGAGCUCGACCCUUAUCAUACAUCGUAGAAUCCACACAGGAGAGACUCCCUACACAUGCUCUGAGUGUGGGAAAAGUUUCAAUCAGAGCUCGACCCUUAUCACACAUCGUAGGAUCCACACAGGGGAGAUGCCCUACACAUGCUCUGAGUGUGGGAAAAGCUUCAAUCAGAGGUCUGCCCUGAUCACACAUCAGAGAAUCCACACAGGAGAGAUGCCCUACACAUGCUCUGAAUGUGGGAAAAGCUUCAAUCGCAGCUCUGCCCUGAUCACACAUCAGCGACUCCACACAGGAGAGAGGCCCUACACAUGCUCUGAGUGUGGGAAAAGCUUCAAUCAGAGCUCAAACCUUAUCUCACAUCAGAGAAUCCAUACAGGAGAGAAGCCUUACACAUGCUCUGAGUGUAGGAAAAGCUUCAAAAAUAGCUCACACCUUAUUAGACAUCAGAAAAUACACAUGAGACAGAACUGUAACAAAUGCCUUGAUUAGGGCUGGGCAAAGAUUAUUUUUUUAAAUCACAUUUUCUAUUUCUCAUAGUGAUCUGUGCACCAUGGUCUCUCAGCUCGCCCAGAUCAGUUGCCUGCUUCUGCCUUUUGCAGCUCACCCUUCUUUGGGAUCAGUCCUGUGAUCUUUUCUAUCAACUCCUUUCCUUUUGAGUUGUAGCAGUGUGUAUCCCUCCAACCAGGAAUGUUCAUCAGCUCCCGGAAGGAGAGAGGUUUCAUUCACAACAAUGUACACUGAGAUAAUGUACACUGUGCCUUACAUCCACUAGGGCUGUACAUGGCGUUGGCUGCUCAAGUCAGUGAUCUUGGUGUGAAAAGACAAUUCUAGUGGUAGAGCAGAGGCAGCCCAGUUGCAGUGGUUGGCAUUAGCUUUCCCCUUGACCUGACCUAAACUCCAUCACUUUUCCUAGUCUAAACAAACCCUGAGCAUCAUGGUUCUACUGUUCCCCCAUUUCAAAGCAAUUGUUACUCAUCAAGAUCCCCCUUCGGUAACAAAUGGUUUCAUUCCCAAUUGCUCUGUUGUUGCUUCAGGUUGUUAGAGAGCAGAUAUUUUUACUACCAUUUUCCUUCCUUAAAAUAUAUUGAACUAUAAAAAAGAGCAGGGAUAGGGAAAAAUGUCAUUUUCCCCUCUGUAACAACAGAAGAAGAUAAGGGAAUCCCUCUGAUUUACCCUAUUCCCCAUCACCAUCCCAAUCACCCCUGUUGUUUAAUUGGUUAUGUCAAUAUUUUUUCUAAAGGGCUGGGAAGCGGAUUCCCUAGUAAAUCAUAGAAUAUCAGGGCUGGAAGGGACCUCAGGAGGUCAUCUAGUCCAACCCCCUGCUUAAAGCAGGACUCAAUGAUUUGGAACUAAGCAAAAUACCCAUGCAUUUGGCUCCCAAAGCAGUUCUGUCCAGGCUGUGAAGGAGGUCGCUCCUGAAGAUACCUGCUUCCUAAUCAGGUGCAUGUUGCCUAUUAUUUGGGAACUAGAAUACCUAUCUAGGUAGAGAUGGGAAAAAUGGAAGUGACAUUCCUGUUCAGCUCACCCCUGGGAGAUGCUGCAAACGUGUAGAAAAUGAAAUCCAUGUGGAAUGUGAUAGAGCUGCAGAAAGACACCUAUUGUUAAUAGAUACCUGACAUUUGGUGUCUUACAGGGAUUCUAAGCAGCACCUGAAUUUAGUCCCUAAUUUAAAUCUGUGCCACCAGAUUAAAGGAAUAAAAGGGCAUAUUUGGGGGAGUUAUACGUCACUAUUGCUACUGGUAUGUUGUGUGGUUGGUGAAGAAUUCUACACCAGAGAAGUGUAAAAUUACUCCAAGUAAGGUCAAGGAUUUCACAAAACUCAUGUAGAAAUUGCAGGUACUAGGGGUUGAUUUUCACCCCAGAGAUGGACGCUAUGGUGACCUGUGGCCCAGGUAAACUGUUUUUAGGUCCCUGCUCCCUUGUUAAAUGGCACUGAUCACACUCCUAAACAAUGCCAUGAUUACAUUGGGCACAACUCUCUUUUACCAUUUGGAUCCAAAGUUUCAUGAAGCAGAGAAAGAAAGAGCUGAUUCCUUCAGAGCCAUUCCAUGCCUAUGGGUCCCAAUCUGGCUGCCUUGUUGGACAAGAAGCACUUCUAUGCUGGGCAAAUGAUGGUAGCCAAUGAGGGAAUAUAUCAAAUUCCAAAUUCAAAUUGUAGGAUAUAUGAAUGCUAAAUCCAGAGUCUGUAGUUUGGUCUCUUAGUUUUGCUAUUAAGUCUAAUGCAUUUCUAUCACUUCUUCUCCUGCUGCUACUUUGAAAGAUUAGAAAGUGUGAAAAUAGAGCACAGGUGGUUUUUCCUCAUGAUGCAGCCUUCCCACAUAGUGUGAGACCCCUUCCACCCACACUUAUGGGAGAAGAUCCAGGGAGAAAUGAACUCUCAGAAAUGGAAGGCUCCUAGCUUAUGGUAGAAUGUGACUUCACACAAAGCUGACUGGGUGGAAAUGGGAAUCAAGAGAAAGCUGCCCUAUAGGUUUAUAUUUUGUAAUCUUUGAAUAAGUUGUUACCAGCAACAAUGAAAUUUAACAUGAAGUUAAUAAGUGUAAUGUAAGAGGCUGAUCAUGUGAUAACCUGAAUUCUAUUGUAACACUACAAGUUUUCUUCUAGUUCUCUCCCUGCCCCCUCCUACUACAUAGGAAAUGGUGGCUAAUCCUGAAGUUAAAACCUCACUCCAAAGGAAUUAGAGUGGGGGAAUAUGUGAGAGAAAUAGCAUGCAUGAGAAUAGAGACCCAGUAUAGACUGUAAUUAUUUCUAUUUAAAAUGGAAUUUAUUAUAAUAAAUUUUAAAAUAAAUCUUUCCUGAAGAGGAAAAUUACUUGAGACAAGAUGUGGAGCCUUUUACCCAGUUAGAGGGUAACAGCCACAGAGUCCCCCAGGGCUCUCGUUUGCAAAGCAAAGAUGUCACAUCAGGCAGGAGAUGUCAAGAUCUAAGCUGGUGAUGGGUGUGUGAUGGGAGAUUUUCUGGGUUAUUUUUUUGGUUUGGUUUUUUAAUUUAAUUUUAAUUUUGCAACCAGUUACUUUUAUAGGUGCUGAAGACCCUUUUCCUUUUGAGAACAGCUAUUUAACCAUCAGGCCUGGCUCUGGAAACCUCCCCAAAGCUGGCCUUGUGUGUCUUUUAUGUUUGUUAUCUUUGGGGUUCACACAUCCACUCUACAUGCGGUUCACAGCAACAGAUACUUUGAGAAACCUGCUGGGUGAAGCAGGCCUUUUCCAAACUGACAUUGGCCGAAAGUCUGCCUCAAUUCAGCUGGAUUGAGACAGGUCUGUAUCAAAGGCGUGGUUCACACCUGAUUUGUCCAGAGACCUCGGGGGAAGGGCUGGUACGAUAGGAUAAGUAGGAACUGAUCACAAUAAUGUUAAAGGAAAGGGUGACAGACCUUCACCUUGUAGGUCAGCAAGCCUGUUCUUUUCAUUCCCUCUGAAGCAUCUGGCACUGGUCACUCUCAGGCAACACGCUGGGCUAGAUGGACCAUUGGUCUGACCCAGUAUGACCAGUCUUGCGUUCUUGUGUAAGCCAUGUAGGGCCUUGUCUACACUGGCAAGUUUCUGCGCAGUAAAGUAGCUUUCUGCAGUGUAACUCCCAAGGUGUACACACUGCCAAGCCACUUAGUGCGCAGAAACUGCAAUUGCAGCUCUGUAAAAAAAAAAAGCCACCCCGAUGAGAGGUGUAGAGCUUUCUGUGCCAGGACUACAGCGCCGCGGUGCAAGUGUAGACGCUCUGGUUGAUUACAGUGCUGCGAUUGGCCUCCGGAAGGUGUCCCACAGUCCCUGUUCUCGCCUCUCUGGUCAUCGGUUUGAACUCUACUGCACUGACCGCAGGCUACCAACUGUGAACCCCACCCCUUAAAUUCCUUGGGAAUUUUGAAAGUCCCCUUCCGUUUGCUUGGUGACACAUGCACUGGUCUCAGCGCAUCUUUCCAGGUGACCUUGCUUGGAGCAAUGCUGAGCGGCUGGGCCUCAUCAGCAUUGGGGAGAGGAGGCUGUCCCCUUCCAGCUGUGCUCCAGUUGUAGGAAUGAUACCGAUGGACAGAUUUCACGAUGCAUGAGAGAAAGGGGCCAUGACCAGGACACACUGCAAUGUAGGGUCAAAGUGAAGGAGCUGUGGAACGCCUGCUCCAUGGCAUGGGAGGCAAACCGCCGCUCCGGUGCUGCACCCAUGAGCUCCUGGUUCUACAAAGAGCUGGAUGUGGUAAUCAGUGGUGACCCCACCGCCACUGUGAAGGCCACUGUGGAUACUUCAGUGGCUCACAUGCCAGUCGAGAGUGGACCAAGCCAGGAGGAGGAAAUCCUGGAUAAGGAUGUGGAGGCGGAGGGAUCCCCAGAGGCAGAGGAUGAGUCAGAGGUCAGAUAUGCAUGCAGCCAGGAGCUCUUCUUUACCCCCGAGAAGGAUAGCCAGCCACAGCUGUCAGAGCUUGGUGAAGCGCAAACAGGAGAGGAGGCCCCUGGUAAGUGGCUUUGAUCUUGGGAAUCGAAGUGAGUUCUUGGGAGCAGGAGGGUUGCAGAAAGCAGGCUUGUGUCUGUAUGAUGUGUGUACCACCCAGUCUGAGUGGAGGAACAGGGUGAUAAUUGAUUCCCUCUCUUUAUGGGAAUCUGUGCCAGAGAUCUCCAUGAAACUGUUAUGGAGAUACAGGGCAAUCCGCUGCUGCAGGAUCUUUGGCAGAGCUGCUUCAUUUCUUGCCCCAUUAAGGGUAACUUUCCUGCACUACUCUGCCACCACGGGAGGGGUGGGGGGGACCAUUGCUGCACAUAGGUGAGCUACAUAAGGAACAGGGUGUACGCCACAGUCUUGGAGAAGACUCUUGAUUCUCCGCUCACCCUCAGCAGCGAGAUAUCUUCCAUAAUGAACACAGCCUGUGGAAAAUGUGGGCACAGGAAUGAUUGUACGGCCCUCCCGCCCCCCCACAGUGCUGUCUCUCCCCAAGACCCACGUGCCCAGUGUACAGUACGGUCUGGAACAGUGAUUUCCCCUGCCCCUGCUGUUACCAUUUUGGGGGUCUUGUGGCUCAUGGGUGCUUGCCUGGGUUAGCCAGUUAGGGACAGGUAUGUGAAUCCUGGCUGUGUUUUAAAUCACUGCAUCAGUGGUCUGUGUGUUGCAAACAAUACUGCUUCUGUAAAAUGUGCAUUUUGGCUUCACAGAUAUGCCCUUGGGAGCCCAGCCUCCCUCUUUGUUCUCACCGGCUGAAUGGCUGCUGAGAAUUAGAAAGCGGCCAUGAAGAACUAAAGAGAACUUUCUGCAUGAGGUCAUGGUGCACUCCGCGGCUGAAAAACAAGAAUUAAAGGAGUGACCGGACAGCGAGAAAAGGGACCGAAAGGAGAAUGCGGUGCGCCAGAACGAAGCCAUGGAGCGGCUUUUAAACAUUAUGGAGUCCCAAGCGGUCAUGCUCCAGGCACUACCCGCACUGGAAACCGAGGAGCUCUGUGACCGCCCUCCCCUGCAUCCGCUGUCGCAAAACUCUUUCCCAUGCACCCCCCAGACACCGCCAACACACUCUUAGCAACCUCCUGGCUGCAGUCUGUACCCGCUGCAUUCCACUCCUGCCCCAUCACAGUCCAGCCCUGCGGGCGCCCCGUACCCAGUGCACUCAACACCUCUCCCGCUGUAGUUUAUUCCUGAUGAAGUACGGUACCCGCUGCACUGUACUCCAAAGGAUACGGUUGCAUAUGAUACCUGGGCAUACACAAAUCUUUAACCGUCCCUGGACCCCACCUCCUCAUGGGACCCUCUCUUUCCCCAUCCCCCACAGUGCUGAUGUGGUGGUGGUGUUUUUCCCUCUCCUCCGGUGGUUGCUUUUUAAUAAAAGAAUAGUUUUGGUUUGAAAGGAAUCUUUAUUCCAUUAAUGGAAAGCAAACAGAGCCUUGCAAAGAAACACGCAAUUUUCUUAAACCUUUAUAGUGUAUCUAUCACAAUCACUUCUUAGCAUUACAAGCACUGCACUCCCGUGCAUACCAACAAAUGUUAGUGGCUUUCAGCUUCAAAUUGCUGCCUCAAGGCAUCUCUGAUCCUUAUGGCCCCACGCUGUGCCCCUGUAAUAGCCCUGGUCUCUGGCUGUUCAAACUCAACCUCCAGGUUCUGAGCCUCAGAGGUCCAGCCCUGAGUGAAGCUUUCACCCUUCCCUUCACAAAUAUUAUGUGGCUUACAGCAUGCAGCUAUAAGUAUAGGAUUAUCAUCAGCCAAGUAUAGCCUUCCAUAUAGGCAGCGCCAGCAGGCCUUUAAAUGGUGAAAAGCACACUCAACAGUCAUUCUGCACUUGCUCAGCCUGUUGUUGAACCACUCCUUGCUGCUGUCAAGAUGCCCCGUGUACGGCUUCAUAAGCCACGGCAUUAAGGGGUAAGCAGGGUCUCCCAGGAUCACAAUGGGAAUUUUGACUUCCCCUACAGUGAUCUUCUGGUCCAGGAAGAAAGUCCCUGCUUUCAGCUUCCUGAAUAGGCCAAUGUUCGGAAAGAUGCGUGUGUCAUGCCCCUUUCCAGAUCAGUCUGCGUUAAUGUCCGUGAAAUGCCCGCGGUCAUCCACCAGUGCCUGGAGAACCAUAGAAAAAUACCCCUUUUGAUUAAUGUACUUAGUGGCUAGGUAGUCAGGUGCCAGAAUUGGAAUGUGUGUGCUAUCUAUCCCCCUCCACAGUUUGGGAAGCCAUCCACAAUGUCAUACAUGUUCCCCAUAGUCUGUCUUUCAGAGCAGGAUGAAAUUUAUGGCCCUGCACACUUGUCAACACACGUCCAAUGGCCAACUUUCCCACUCCAAACUGGUUAGCGACUGAUUGGUAGGAGUUUGGAGUAGCCAGCUUCCACAGUGCAAUUACCAUGCUCUUCUUCAAUGACAGGGCAGCUCUCGUUCUCGUGUCCUUGUGCUCCAGAGCUGGGGUGAGCUCAUCACACGGUCCCAUGAAGGUGGCUUUCCUCAUCCGAAAGCUCUGCAGCCACUGCUCGUCAUCCCAGAUGUGCGUGACGAUGUGAUCCCACCACUCUGUGCUUGUUUCCCGAGCCCGAAAGCUGCGUUCCACUGUGGACAGCACCUCCAUGAAUGCCACAAGCAAUCUCAUCUCGUAGCUACUACACAUGGCAAAAUCAAUGUCGAACUCCUCUUACCUUUGUAGUUUUAGGAAUAACUCCACUGCCACUUGUGAUGUGUUAGUAAGUGUGGGAUCCAUUCCUACAGACCAAAUAGGCAGAGCGCGCAGUACACAAAUCAUUGAAAGAUGGCACCAAAUGCGGACAGAAGCACAGGGAUUGCUAAGAUGGGAAGCAAUGCAUCACGGGACAUUCACGGAGGCGCUGACCACAAUGGAAUGCCGCAUUUGGGCUCAGGAAACACCUCCCUCCACCUUCCCACAACUCUUAGCGGGAGAAGAGAAAGAGGUGCUCAGUGGGAUAGCCGCCCAGAGUGCACCGCUCCAUGUACCGCUAUAGUGCCGCAAGUGUGAACACACUAUUGCGCAGGCAGCUGACAGUGUGAACACACAAUAGCGGUUUCCCUUUAGUGCUCUCUGAGCAGCACUGUAACUCCCAGCUCUGUAACUCUGCCUGUGUAGACGUAGCCUCAGAGAGACUGACUGCCAGGAUCCCAGCACUGAUCCCCUCUGGGGAAUGAAUCACAACGUCGACAGGCUAUGCAGCCUUCACUAGUCUCCCUGUACCUGAAAAGCCUGAUAGCCCAACGUGCUGGACCAUCUAUUGCAUUACCUGGUUCCUAAACUGCAGCUACGGUUCCUGCUCCAGGUGACUCCAAAGACCGAGAGGUGCAGAGAUCCAACCCCUUAUAAACUUAGAAACAUUUUGUUCUUUUUUCUAUUUUUUGUCUGAUUCUUUUUAUGAACUUGGAGUCCUCCCAGCCUAUCUAUUAGAUUGGGGGGAGGGUGGUGUGCGUGUGUGUGAGAGAGAGACUAACUAAUGUCUCUCUAAGGUCUGUAUGUGUUUUGGGGCGAGAGGGCGAGUUGAAGUAUUAGCUACACAAUAGUGAAAUCUAAGGAGAAAACUAAUUAGCUUUGAGGUUGUAGGCUAAAUAUAAGCAAUAAUUUCGUUUUGGUAUUGAAAUAUUCAGCUGGCUAAAUCUGGGUUGCAUUGCCUGGGUAAAAAUCUCUGAUUGGGGUUUUGGCAUCACUAAAUAUGCACCUGCCUCCUUGGGUUGCUCUUUUAGGAUUUAUAAGCGUUGAUUUUCUGCUGUAUUAAUCUGGUGGUUUGAUUAAAUUGAUGACUUGAUUCCAACAUAAUAUCCUUGUUGACUCAUUGAUUUACUGAUUUGACCUGAACUUUAUCACUGCAUUUUUUAACUCUUAGCUGAGUGGUGUCCACAGUCAUUUAGCCUUAGUGAUGGGAGCUCUUGGAUUUAUUUGUUCAUGUUAAUAAAGCAUGUAACUUGGA